CUUUUAUGUAACUUGUCCUUCUCAUCAUCAAUCUCCCCGACUCUCUCUCCACUCCGAUCCGCCAUUCUCCGCCGCUUUCGUCUUCACCGGACUUCAAUUCGUGCACUCGUCACCAUGUCUGUGUCCAAAUCCGACGCCACUAGCCAUUCAACGCCUGAACACGUCUCCGGAAACUGGUACUCGGUGCCGGACCUCCAACUCCGGGAACACCGAUUUAUGGUCCCCCUCGAUUAUAAAAAUCGUGAUGCUUCUUCGAAGAUAUCCAUUUUCGCUCGCGAGGUCGUCGCGUUUGGGAAAGAAGAGCAGCCAAUCCCAUACCUUUUAUUCCUUCAAGGAGGGCCUGGUUUUGAAUGCCCUCGACCAACUGAAGGCAGUGGAUGGAUACUUAAAGCAUGCGAAGAGUUUCGGGUUAUAUUGAUGGAUCAGCGAGGAACAGGUUUAUCGACCCCUUUGACUCCAUCAUCUAUGCAGCAAAUAAAGUCUGCCCAAAAGCUGGCUGAUUACUUGACACAUGUCCGAGCUGACAACAUCUUCAACGACGCUGAAUUCAUCCGAGUUCGUCUCGUUCCUGAAGCUAAGCCUUGGACCGUUUUAGGUCAGAGUUAUGGUGGUUUUUGCGUAGUUACUUAUCUGAAUUUUGCACCCAAAGGUUUGAAACAAGUGCUUCUAACUGGAGGGAUACCUCCAAUUGGAAAUGGAUGUACUGCAGAUUCUGUUUAUAGAGCUUCCUUUGAACAGCUUAUUCAUCAGAAUGAAAAUACUAUAAGAGGUUCCCUCAGGACAUUGAAAUUGUCCGAGAUGUUGUUACCUUUCUGGCAGAAUCCGAAGGAGGCGGGGUACAGCUUCCAUCUGGGGGAAUCUUAAUCCCCAGGGG